AUGAACCACCCGUCGACGCUUAUCCUACCUUGGGGGUUGAAGAGCUGGCUAGUUGCCGUCAGUCGCGCGGUUCUACUGGAGGAGCCGUCAAAUGUCCUGGCGUUCAUAGCAUCUUACUGCGGCCAGCUUCUCCAAUUGAAGAAAGGUGCAGUGCUCAUAGGAAAAUAAAUUCACACUUUAUUAACAAAUUCCCCAAACAAUGUUUAGUAUAUUCAUAUGAACUCUAAGCUACAUAAACAUAUAUCUGUGCAGUUGAAUGUCAUUAGUUAUGGUUUAUUGUGCAGAACAUCCAAAUAUUGAUAUUCAAGAGCUCUCAUACAUCUUCAGAGAUUUAAGGGGUAAGAGUCCUUCCUUCUUCCACAAGUCCAAAAUAUCAAAAUGUAUACCCUUUCCAUAAUAUAUUUCCACUGAAAAGAUGCAAUAGAUUGAGAAUGUAAUGAGAUGGGUUUUCUAACUCCAUCUCUCUGGUGAGUCUGGGGUUGUGUUGUGUUUGGUAGGAGGUCACUCUGAUGACUACCAGGGAACCAUCUCCUUCACUGGUCUGGCGGAAUCUGUUUUGAGUGAAUGCUCUCACAAAAUAUCUGAGGAACGAGACGACGCAGCACCAUGUCUGUCUGCAUCUGAUACAUCAUCAAUCCAUGUACACUGUGAGGAGCCUGGCCACCCGGCCAUGGAGGAUGACACGGUCAGCAGUUCAGUGGUCCAGUCUGCAGUGUACCAGAGAGAUCCGUCAGUCAGUGGCGUGGUCGACGUCGAGAACACUGUGCUCAUCCACACUUCCAGGACUCCGUCCGAGCAUGUGAUUAUUGUUCACUCCGAGUGUCUCCCUGAGACGCUCAUCUUCCACAGCGAAGCCUUGCCUUCAUCCAACGGAUCCCCUACGACAUGUGACCUGACCCCUGCUCCUAGUCCUGUCCCUAUUGAUGAGGAAUGGGAGGAACCAGAGGGAGUGUCUAGUGUGGUCAUGUUUCAUAAGGUUCCCUUGUUUGAGGACCUGCCUCACCCACCGUCCAUGGGGGAACUCCCCUAUGUUGCUGCUGUGGAGACUAUGACUGAUGAGGAUAUAUCCUCAAGCAGUGACAAAGUUCCCUCGCAGGAGAACAUGUCUGGCACUCAAUCUGUUCAGGUCUUUUUCUCAGCAGCCUCAGAGGUAGAAUCAUCUGGUCAGAUGAGAAAUUCAACAAGCAGCUUUGAGGAUCUGGCUGUGGACAAGAUAUCUGAUGUGAUUAUACCUCACAAGGCCCCUUCCUAUAAAGAGCUGCCUCAGUCAACAUCACCUAUAAAGCAAACUUCAGUUGUUUCCCCUGAAUACUCGGGAAGUGAUAUUACUGCAAAAGCUCCAUCUGAAACAGAACUAGUUGAUGCAGCACAGAGAGUGUCCUCAGUCAGGAUACCCAGUAGAGAGGAGGGUGUGGGGAGAACAGCAGAGACACCAGAGAGACGCACAUCUCCCAGAGUAUCACCAAGAGCUUCUCCAGGAGUUUCUCCACAAACCUCUCUUGUAUCAGGUACAACUGUUAUCCAUACUCUGACGAAUGAGCGACUAAUAAGCUACUAAUAAGAAAUGUUUUAGGUAAAACUUGGCAAAGCUUCUAAGGUGAAAUGUAUACAGUAUGUGCCUAAUUUUGUAUCUGCAUCCACAGCUCAUGUUGGUGAAUCUCUGUAUGGUACAGACAUUUCUCCACAAUCCAGUCUGCCUAGGAUUCCCUCUGCACCAUCAAUGGAGGAGCUACUGGUGUCUCCAUCUGCUUCUGUUGGUAGAAUUUCACCAGCAGUUUCAAGAAGAUCUUCAAGAAGUAGUUUGUCAGAAAGAGCUCCUUCGGAAUCAGCAGUGGGGAAAACAGCAGAGACAUCAGAAAGACACACAUCUCCCAGAGUAUCUCCACAAGCAUAUUCUGUGAUGAUUGAUCAGGUGACUAAUCUGGAGACAUCUGAAAGAUCACUGACGACCUCAACUCUGCAUUCAGAAGAUUUCAAGUUUGGUGAGAUAUUGUACUUUAAUCAACUCAUACAUUGAUGGAUUUGAUGGGGGUGAUGGGGGUCUAUGUUCAUAUUAUAGUGUGUUUAUAGAUAUAGGAAUGAACCAUGGCUUAAGCCGUGCAAUUGAUACUAUUGUUAUUAGCAUGCAUUUCCUAUCACAACGUGGCCCAUGGAACCACACAAACUGAGGAGAGACCAGUGUCACAGAGAACUACACAAACUGAAGUUUCAGCAUUGCAUAGAACUACACAAACUGAAGUUUCAGCAUUGCAUAGAACUACACAAACUGAGACGAGACCAGCAGCCCACAGAACUACACAAACUGAAGUUUCAGCCUCUCCUCUGCCUGGUAAUUUUGGAUAUGGAAGAAUUACUCUGCUCGUUAUCUAUUCUAUUCUCUGUAUGAGAAUCUGAUAUUGUUGGGUACAUAUACAUGACACUAGUUUUUCUGUGUAUAAUACCUAAAACAUGUUAUGUUUUCUCACUACAAGGAGGUGCUGCCAUGGAACAACAGAAUCCUAAAAUGUGUUAUGCUUUCUCACUACAAGGCGUUGCUGCCAUGGAACAUCAGAAUCCAGCAGAAGAACUGGGAUUGGGGCCUUCACCUGCUGAGGAUGUUACUGAAGUAGCAGAAUGGGUCAAUCCAGACAACAUAGAGACAAGCAAAUUAACCGAAUUGGUCAGUCCUCAACAUGUAGAAAAUGCACCAAUAACAGAACUGGUCAGUCCUCAACAUGUAGUGAAUGCACCAAUAACAGAAUUGGUCGGUCCUCAACAUGUAGAGAAAGCACCAAUAACAGAAUUGGUCAGUUCUCAACAUGUAGAGAACGCACCAAUAUCAGGAUUGGCUUGUCCACCCCAUGAAGAGGCAGUAACAUUUGAAAAUCCUAAAGAGAGUGUUGAAACAGAAGAGAAUGUUGAAACGUCAACUGUAGAGGUAACUUCCAAACCCCAGCCUGAAGACACUACCAAUGCUCCACCCUGUCCUGGGCCAGAGACACUACAGAUAGUCCAGGAAGAAUCAGCCACCCAGACACCAGAGGAGGAGUCUGUCCAGGCGGAACUAACCACCAAGACACAAGAGGAGGAGUCUGUCCAGGAGGAACUAACCACCAAGACACCAGAGGAGUCUUUCCCAAGAGUCCCCACACCUCAGUUCCUCUUGCCAAUUCAUACUGCAGAGGGCCGUCAGCAGAACCGAACCAAACCUGCCAAUCUGAUCAAGAUGGCUGUCGCUGAGAGGAACCACCUGAUCAAGAGACUUGCCAAGUCAGACCCACUAAAGAACAGAUUGGGUAAGGCCCGCAGUUCACAUUGCAAGGGACAGUACUUUUUGUUUGGUGAGGGGAUGGUAAACUAUGUUGAGGUGAUACAUUAAUGGCUUCUGCAUGUUGUCUUUUUCAGAUGGGUCUAAAUCUGCUACCAGAGUGAGAGAAGUGUCCUACGCCACUAAGAUGAUGAAGCAACGGUCCCAGACAGCCCCACAGCCCAACAUCAAACGAAUGUUGAACCUAACAGGUUAUUAUAUAUCUGAUAAGACAACAGAUUACUUGCCCUAAAAACUUACUAUAUGACAUUUCCUGGUAUCAUUGCUAUUUUAAUAUUGACACCUUUGAAACAUAUAUUUUCUAUCCACCUCAUUUUCUAACGUUGCUAUGGGCACAGCCAAACAACGGAAGUGAUGGAUUCGACUUCCGCUUUAUUUCCCUACUGCAGCACGCUGGUCGCAAGCUUGCGGGAGUAAAUUAUUUGAAGGCGUCAAUUUAUCGAGUAUAAAAGUCAAGUAAACAAGUAUAAGUGUAAGAGUAUUAGUGUAAUUUUAUAUUUAUUUAAUUCAAGUUCGCUAACGUUAGUUAGUUCUGUUGUGAUAAUAACGUUAGUUGUGUUGUGUCAGAGUUAAGACAAUAAAUAUAACAAUAACUACACUGAACAAAAAUAUAAACGCAACAUGCAACAAUUUCAAAGAUUUUACUGAGUUACAGUUCAUAUAUGGAAAUCGGUCAAUUGAAAUACACUGAACAAAAAUAUAAACGCAACAUGUAAAGUGUUGGUCCCAUGUUUCAUGAGCUGAAAUAAAAUAUCUAAAAAAAAAAUCCAUUGCACAAAAAGCUUAUUUAUCUCCAAUUUUGUGCACAAAUCUGUUUACAUUUGAGGGAGCGUGCAAUUGGCAUGCUGACUGCACGAAUGGCCACCAGAGAUGUUGCCAGAGAAUUGAAUGUUAAUUUCUCUACCAUAAGCUGCCUCCAACGUCGUUUUAGAGAAUUUGGCAGUACGUCCAACUGGCCUCACAACCGCAGACCGUGUGUAACCACGCCAGCCCAGGACCUCCACAUUCGGCUUCUUCACCUACAGCAUCAUCUGACACCAGCCACCCGGACAGCUGAUGGAACUGUGGGUUUGUACAACCAAAGCAUUUAUUUCAAUUGACUGAUUUCCUUAUAUGAACUGUAACUCAGUAAAGUCUUUGAAAUUGUUGCAUGUUGCAUUUAUAUUUAUGUUCAGUGUAAAUACUGUAUUAGGGCUAUAGGCUAAAUAUGUACCUGUCAAAGUGCAAGAAAAAAAGGUUACCAGUUCUGAAAUGGCAGAUCCAGCCUGCGCUCUGUGGUCCCUGGGCAUGCAAAGCUCCACUAUUGAUUAUUAGGUCUACGUUAAGUGUGUCUUGAAUUCUAAAUAAAUCACCAACAGUGUCACCAGCAAAGCACCCCCACACUAUCACACCUCCUCCUCCAUGCUUCACGGUGGGAACCACAUAUGUGGAGAUCAUAUGUGGAGAUCAUCCGUUCAGAAAUUCCACAAAUUAACUUUUAACAAGGCACACCUGUUAAUUGAAAUGCAUUCCAGAUGACUACCUCAUGAAGCUGGUUGAGAGAAUGCCAAGAGUGUGCAAAGCUGUCAUCAAGGCAAAGGGUGGCUACUUUGAAGAAUCUCAAAUAUAAAAUAUAUUUUGAUUUGUUUAACACUUAUUUGGUUACUACAUGAAUCCAUAUGUGUUAUUUCAUAGUUUUGAUGUCUUCACUAUUAUUCUACAAUGUAGAAAAUAGUACAAAUAAAGAAAAACCCUGGAAUGAGUAAGUGUGUCCAAACUUUUGACUGGUACUCUAUAUUAAUACUAUUAUUAUUAUUUAUUUUUUUACCCCCUUUAUCUCCACAAUUUCGUGAUAUCCAAUUGGUAGUUACGAUCUCAUCGCCGCAACUCCCCAAUGGACUUGGAAGAGGCGAAGGUUGAGAGUCAUGCAUCCUCCGAAACAUGACCUGCCAAGCCGCGCUGCAUCUUAACACACUGCUCGUUUAACCCAGAAGCCAGCCGCACCAAUAUGUUGGAGGAAACACUUCCAACUGACAAACGAAGUCAGCUUGCAGGCACCCUGUCCGCCACAAGGAGUCACUAGAGCACGAUGAGCCAAGGAAAUCCCCCCGCCAAACCCUCCCCUAACCUGGAAGAUGCUGGGCCAAUUGUGCGCUGCACCAUGGGGCUCCUGGUCAUGGCCGGCUGUGACACAGCCUGGGAUCGGACCGAAGGCUGUAGUGGUGCCUAAGCACCACUCUAGAGGCCCCAAAAAUAUAUAUAUAAAAAAAAGUAUAUAUUUUUUUCCCUCACAAAUAGUCCUGUAUUAGCGGACCAAUAUAGCCAUCUGCAGUCCCCCACCCGUGCGCUCUGGCACACUCAGACGAAAGUGCCCUGAUAUCGGAGUAGAUAGCCAGAGGGAAUUUACGAAUGCACCUAGUAUGUAAAAUAUGUUCUCUUGAUUGUUCUAUCAUACACUCUUAGCAUAACACAACCUUGCUGUGGUGGGGUUUGUUUCGGAAGCACCAUGAUUCAUGUGUUGUAUACCGUCUUCCUAUUUCAGCAAUGGAGGAGCAGCAGAACUUCCAGGGUGUCCCCGUUGGAGAAGGACGCAUAACUCCAGAUAUGGACCCUGCUCGGGAAAGCUCUAUCAACAAAGUCUGGACCCUUUAUCAUCUCGCUCAGGAGACAGGCAACUUGUCUUUGAGUGUGUUGUCCCAACCAUCAUUCAAUGGCCGUGCAUACAUUGAAAGUGUUGAUCCAGAGCAUGUCUUGUUGUCAAAGAGGACCUCCCACAAUUCAGGUCUAGACUCAGGUCAACUCACGAGUGGACCGACACAGGGACAUUCAGGCCAGACUGUGCAGACUGUCCAUAAGUUAGACACUCCCGACACUCAGCAAAUCAAAAUCCCCAACUAUCUCCUUGUGGAACGUUCAUCCGCAACCUCGGACAUAGCCUCUUCCCAAGAGAGAAAGCCAGCAGAUCAAGAGAGUUGUGUGGUCAACAGGGGACGCUGUACUGGCUUCCUGUCCUUCUCUGUGCCAAUUGACAGUUUCUGCGGAGCAGAGUGGGGCUGUCGACCGCAGUUCCUGCAGGUCACAAGCGACGAUGGAGACGUGGUCUAUUCCCCUGCGUUCAUACAGUCUAUCAACCCAUGUAGACCUGGUGCAGAUGAGGUCUCGGAGAGGACAGUCACACGCCCGACAACUUCACCUGCCCACAUGGAAUGGUCUUUCAAAAUCAGCAUAAAAGGUAGCAAAAUGUAAUGCUAUGCUGUCCUCGUGCAAAAGAAGAUCUACGUGAAUACUAUUUUGUUGAGUGCAUUGAUUACAGUAUUGUAGUAUGUUAUUUUGUCAUUAUGUUAACUUUAUGUAUACAUUUUCCUCCAAAACAGGACAGACUGUGGGGGAUGAUGAAGUUGAGCAAGAGAAGUGAUGGAUCAAAUUUAAGUUUUUCCGUCUGCAUUGAACUCUUGUAAUAAAUGCAAUUCAUCUGAAGUCUGAACUUUUUUGUUUGUUUUUCAAUUAAUUGGGUGUAUUUAUUUGUAAACAGUAACAUGGCAACUUAAAUUUGCAUAAAUUAAACAUUUCCAGAUUUGUUUUCCCCUCUAUUCAGUUGUGAAAAUAACACUUUUCCCAAGAAGGCUUUUUUCUGCUACACAUUUGCAAGUUUGACUGUAAAAUACAAAAUAAUUUUGUUAUAAACCUAAAUUACCAAUCUAGGUUUAGAUCAUUUGUCAAAAAUCUAAGUAUUAAUCAUUGACAACCUUGGGAAAAAGCGGUGGUGUAAUAUUACUUGAGGCAAAAUCAGCACCAGGGACAGCGCCUAUUUAGCUAGUAGUGUGAAGUCUUGGAAUAAUUUUUGGGGGGGCUGUCUGGUGCUAAUUUCUGCCAGUGCUUUUUGUUUGGCUUCACCCGCGACUGAAACAAAAUGGCUCAACGGUUCAUAACUGAUUUUAUAAGGGUAAUUGAUUACCUGGUUAUUUGAUUAAUGAUUUAAUGGAUUUAUGAUGUUUUAUCAUUUUUUACAAACAAAAAAAAUCCAUUCAUAAGUUUUAACUUUUGAGAACUUGAGAGCUUCUUGUCUCAUAUGAAUUCUAAUGUAGCGAAAGGCCAUUCCAUUCCAACCAUUAUGACUUCAGAACGUUGGUAGGUCCGCGAUAGCAACGAAAGUCAACAACUCAGACAACUCAAAAUGAGCCGCUAUGACCAGUAACCUGUAAACUACUCCUACUCUCAUAGAUCGACAGCCAAAUUUACAAUUAGCAAAUUCAAGGUAAGUUUUCAUAUGUCUCGAUUAUUAUAUUUUGCUACAGAGCCAUGAUCAGUUGAAUGAAUCUGCCUCAUGGGCGAUCCAUUGUUAGUCUGGGUACCACAGUACCAGUCUGUUUAGCUAGCUAUCAUCCACUCCUUGCCAAUCCGUGUCAUAUGCUAAACUUUGUCAUGAUAUGACCCGGAGUACAAGGAGUGGAAAGUUAGCUAAACAAACUGGUACCUAGGCGAAUCCGUUGCUGCUGGGUAAUUAUUAUAACAUGAAUGCGAUGUUGCAUUUACUUUGCGUUUCUUCUUGUUACAGUCCGCCACACACGGUCAUGUCUAAACACGUGAAACCCCUCAUCCCAAACGGCCUGAUGGCCAUUCUGGCAGGCUUCAGUCGAGCAUACCUAAGGAAGAGGCCAACUGACUUUGGGCUAUUUGCCAUGUACUACUGUAUGGAACUGCGGAAAUACAGAGAUGGUAUAUUAGCUCACCAUGGUCCCACAGAGACAAAAAUAUUGAUUAUGUAGUGUACAGUGCAUUUUAUCAUGUGUUAAGAGUUCUGUAGAAAUACAUCUGAUUAAGAUUUCAUUUUAUUUUGUCAUGCAGAAAUACCAGCCUAUUCACCAAACAUGCUAGUGAAAGAAUUUCAUAAACAUAGAGGUAAGUCCAGUGAUGAUGCACCAUGUAUUUCUAUAGUCGUUGAUGCAUACAAAACACAUACUUUUGCACUCACAUCCCUCACAAAACAAAUUAUCUUCCCCCUGAAGCCGAGAGACUCUGUGGCAAUGCCUAUGAAGAGGAACUGCUGAAGUAUGGAUACAAAGUGACCUCCAAGGAGGAUGUGACUUUUAAUGCCCUGGAGAUCACCUCUCAGGACCUACAAAUACUAGGCAGUAGGGAGAGACAGAUCAACAGACAGUACUCAACCACCACUAGCCCAUGUGGAGAACAAGUGAACAAUAUUACAGCUCCAUCAGCCAUGGAGCAGCAGGUGAACCAAACCCUGGGGGCUGCAGCUAUGGAGCUAGGGGCACUGGUUGGCAACAUUGACCCCACAACAUCAACAAGCCCUGUUCAACCAACCAACAAUAAUGCCAACAACACCCAACACGUGGUACAGGCAUCCUCCCAGGCAGUAGCAGGUCUGGAAUCCACUGAGAACAAUACUGGUGAAGGUAUGUGUCCUCUCAGAUUCUGAGGCCCAACUAUGUAUGGUAAAAUAAAAUCUGCUUUGCACUAGUAAUCUAAUGUGUUCCUCUCCCUCCCACUGUUUUCCCCACAGUUGCUCCACAAGUCAAACCUGGCUCAGCAGAGAUAUUGGCCAGCAGCAGCGAGGCCAGUAUUUCUGGACAGGCCUGUGCUCCCCAGCAUUACACACCCACCAGCCAGGAGGGGGGGUGUGCUUGUGCCCCCAUGCCCACAGAGAUACCCUGCUACCCCAGAUUUCCUCAGAAUUACCCGCCAUACCCUCCACCACCACCCUACCUCCCAGACCUUCAUCAUUAUUUGGACCUCAUGUCUGGCCAAUAUGUCCAGCCGUCCUGCAGAUGCCAGCUAUAUGGCAGAGUGGUAUAUCGUCCCCCCAGUCAGCCAGUGCUGCCCCAGUGUCACCAUGCCGCUCCACUGCCAUUGCCCCAGUGCACUCACCAGCACCUCAGCCCUUCUGCCAGCUGCAUUCAAGUGACUCCAACCAUGGGGCCCUCCUGCCCCUAUGGAGAACAGAGCCCUUUCUCACGGUACAUCCCUGUGCCUGUCCUCACCAAUCACUUUGGCUCCCUUUACUACAGACCCAGGAUUGCCACAGGUGUGCCUGGCUGCAGGAGCGAGUGCCUACCCACAUCCAGACGGCUCAGCUGCACUUCCUGCAACGUGAGUGACAGCUCUAGCUGUGGGCCAGAGCCCGCGGCCCAGACCUCCUGUCAUGGAGGAUAUCGAGGACAGUGUGGGGGUGAUGCCAACCAUGGACCAGUCCCUGCCGGUGCACUAAGGUCCCUGUAUGCCCCUGUGCCGUGCCCCAUUGGACUGCAGAGAAGGGAUGCCCCGGCACAGCGACCAUGCAGCGCCCCAACUAGGAGGGUUGUUCCACUAACCACGCAGAACCAGAAUAGCCCUUUCCCAUCCGAAUAAGGAACAGGUAUGGAACCAGUUCUUCUGUGAAUGGAUAGCUGCAAAUUAUUUGAUUUAAUUUAAUCUGAUUAAUUAAGAAAACAUGACUACAGUAUAUUUGGUGCAUAUUCAUUAGAGGAUAAGUCUUCAGUUUGAUUACAUUUUGCCUUGAAGCUUUUGUUAAUUGGUAGUAUAAUUAAACUAGUAGAACGUUUUCGUCUUGGACACAGAGAAUAUUAUUAAUCAGUUAGUAUAGAAUAAACAUUUCUCAGGUGGCUAAAUUGCUGUUAUUUUUCUCUUUACAGAAUGCCCAGACAUGAACUGAACACAAAGCCCUACAACUUUAUCAUUGAUUUUUAUAAUCAAUAAAGUAUUUUGCAGAUUCGUUUUUAAGUCUCAUUAUUGUAGAACGGAAAAUAAAAGAUUGUUGAGUGUUUUAUGCUAAAAUAGUGCCAGUGAGAACGACUGUGCUUUAUUAUGCGUAAACGUAGGCAUUUUUUGUUUGUUUUGCUGCUGCUGAUAUGUCGUGGCAUUUUGAAUAUUUCAUUUUGCAGAAAUUGAUUAUAAUGUUGUUGAAAUCUAGGCUGCACAAAAUACGCAAAUUUUGCAUUCCUUUUCAAUUUGGCCAAUACAUUCUUAUGAGGUUACUACCAUUGUGACGUCACGCAGCCGCGGAGUUUUAGAUCAUGGAUUUGAAUCAAUCAGUCCUCGAUGUGGCUCAAGAGGAGUUACACCUGUCUGCAAUGGUAUGUUUUUACUAAUCUAAAUUAUCUGAAUCAAUUUCGAAUAAUCUGACUUGAUAUCUAGCUACCUGUGUAGGCUAGAUAAUAGGCAUAACCAAAUCAAUUGGCUGCAGCCAUUUGAUUGUACAGCCAGCGUACAGUAGGCUGAGCAGGAUAGCCUGUCUGAUUAUCAGGUAAACAACCACUGCAGCUAAACCAUCAACGACAUUUUCCCAGAUGGCUUCCAGGAGCACGCCUCACUUCAAGCCCCCGUUGACGAUCAUCAUCCCAUACGGGCUGAAGAGUUGGCUAGAAUGUCUUUGCAGAGCCAUAUUUAUUGAGGGACCAAGGCAGAUACCGGAAUUUAUUGCUGACUAUUGCGUUGAGCUGCUGGAAUUCAGAGAACGUGAGUGGUGUGGACUGAUGUAGAUGCAGUCAUAAACAGUGUUUGCGAAACACCUAAAAGUAGUCUAUGUUUACAAACACACGAAUUAUUUGAAGUAGUUUAACCCUUUUUUAGUAGACCCUAAUAACAUUCAAAGCUAGAAUCCUUAGUUGCUACAUCCAUUUUGGGACUUAUAAAUUAAUGAUAUAUAGGCCUACCCAUUGAUUCUUGAAGAAUAUAAAUGCCUCAUGAGCUUAGUUCAACUGUUGUACCCCAUCAGAACCCAAAAUAUAAGCUUGUUUUACUCAUUUUACAUUUUAGUCAUUUAGCAGACGCUCUUAUCCAGAGCGACUUACAGUUAGUGAGUGCAUACAUUUUCAUACUGCCCCCCCGUGGGAAACGAACCCACAACCCUGGCGUUGCAAGCGCCAUGCUCUACCAACUGAGCUACAGGGAAACUCCAAUGUUUGUAAACAGUGUAAAUGUAAACAAACACCGUAUAGCCUCAAAACAUGGUUAAAACGAUCAUUUUAAUAUCAUGGAUGGUCAGACCUUGCAUCCAUAGCUCUGUCUAUGAAUUUUUGAGAGUGGUUACAUUUUUCCAGGUCCAUCCUUCAGCCUUUUACCAAAACAGAGGCGGGGUAUACACUUUGUUAUUGUUUCAACGGCGGAUUCUAGCUACAUUUUGAAUUCAUGUAGGCUAAGCAUUUUAAAGGCUAUCUCUUUAAAGUGGAACAGGCAAUUAACUGUAUUUUAUUUUGCUUCAGGUAAUCCUUUGAUGGAUACCAAGGAUGUUACACAUCUGUACCAGGAGAUGCGGGGUAAGGAAUAUUCAGUCAAUCAUACUGCUAAAGAUAACAUUGCGCACUAUCACUGCACAUUCACUGCAUUUAACAAUUUCAUUAAAACACAAUGUUUAAAAUCAACCCGCCAUUUAAAAUGCUUUAAAAUAAAUACAGUUGAAUGUUUCACACACAUGGCUCACAAUUUCCGGAAUUAUUAUUCUUUCAAUAGAGGCAAAUUACGUCAAAGACUGGCUAGUAUGCCCAGUGCCACAAGCUGCCAUAGACUGCUGCCUGGCUGAGGAGACCCUGUCAGUCAGCCAGAGGACCAAUCCAAGGUCAGCCAAGGAGUUCAAGGUCCCCUCCAGCGAGCCCAUGGGUGGGCCAGAUAAGCAGGCUCAGUCUCUGAGCAGUCCCCCUGGAGAAACCCACCAUAGAACCCACCCUGGAGAUGGACCUCAGUCCAGCCCAGCCCACCUUGGAGGUCAACCCAGCCCAGCUGUGGAAGAGGAGGCCCAGGCCCGGCCAGGCUCUGCGGUGCAGUCAGUCGUGUUCCAGAGAGCUCCAUCAUUGGACAGUCUACUGGAGGCCAACCACUCUCAAGUCUUGAUCAGCACUGCCAGUGCUCCAACUGAUGACAUCAUCAUCAUCCACUCUGAGAACCUUCAGGAGGCAACUGUCUUCCGAAGCGACAGUCGUCCAUAUUCAGGUGUAUCUCCCCGAGGUAGUUUGACCAAGAUUCCUUCAGUUGGUGAGGUGGAUAAGAUUGGGGUGAAUGACACAACAGAGGUGACGUCUGAAGAUGUGGUGGUGUUCCACCAAGUGCCCUCAGUGGAGAACCUGCCUCGCACGCCGUCUGCCUUGAGUAAUACCUCUCUAGCAGCUGAGGAAACAGUGGAUCAGGUGAUAUCAUUGAGCAGCAGAGAAUUCUUACUGGAGAAUGUGGUGCCUGGCUCGCCGUCCAUUGAGAAGGUGGCUUCAGCUGCAGCUUUGCAGCAGGCAGACACUGAUCAGAUAAGAUCUGCCUUUGGACUCACAGAGAAAGUAUCUUCCUCAGAGAUAGUGGGAGUCGGCACAGCACGGAGAGUGUCCUCAGUCAGGAUACCCAGUAGAGAGGAGAGUGCGGGGAGAACAGCAGAGACACUAAAUAGAUACACAUCUCCACAGAUAUCUCUUCUGUCAGGUAUAAUAUUCAUCUAUACUCAAAAAUGUAUAUGUAUGGACAAGAUAUGACAAGAUGCACAGUAAUGUUUCAAUUCUUUGCAAUUGCAUCCUGUCUAUCCUCACAGCUCAUUCUGAUGAAUAUCUGAAGGCUACAUACAAGUCAUCCACCUCCAGCCUUGCCAGGGUUUCCUCUGCACCUUGUGGUGAGAGAGAGGCAGCAGCAACUAUUUCACCUAAAUCCAGUCUGGCCAGGGUUUCCUCUGUCUCUACUGGUGAGAGAGCAGCAGAACCAGCCUCUAAAGAAGCCUUCUCGAAUGUGGAGGAGACUUACACAUUACCAUCAACAGAGGACCUACUGGUGUCUUCAACUGCUUCAGUUAGUAGAAUCUCACCAGUAGCGUCUGCAAUAUAUUCCAAAAGUGGUUUAUCAGGAAGAGCUUUCUCUGAUCCAGAACUAGUUGAUGCAGCACACAGAGUGUCCUCAGUCAGGAUACCCAGUAGAAAGGAGAGUGUGUGCAGAACAGCAGAGACACCAGAGAGACGCACAUCUCCCAGAGUAUCUCCACAAGCAUCUUUUGUGUCAGGUAAUGUCUCUAUAUCACAGUUCUAAAGAGGAAAAUAGUCAACAAAAUCAUUAUAGCUUUUCUGUAUCCUCUGUUGAGUUGAAAAGUAAUGUCUGUGUUUUAUAGGCUCUCCAGUGAUGUUUGAAGAAGAGGACUGGUGUGUAAUCACCACUCACUCUGCUACAGUGAAGAAAGCAGUCAAAUUGGCCCACUCAGAAAACAUCUCUCCUCUUACUUCACCCAGCAUAGACCUGGCCUGGGAGGAGCUUCUGCAGACAUCAGCAUCCAUCGUGGAUAAAGUAGCCCUCAAGGCUUUCGAGAUUGUGAACCAAAAAUUACAAUGCUCAGGGAUGGAGAUAUCUGAAAUGGCCUCAUCCAACCCUGUGGUUGUGUCUCAGUCUCUAAACACUCUCUUUUAUAAGGAUCUCUCUCACUCGCCUUCAGCUGUGGAGGAAUUCUCUACUGCCUCAGCAAGAUGCUCAGAAGGUGACAUCACUGAAAGAGCUCCCUCUGAAACAGCAGGGGAGGGAGAAGCAAUCUCUGUUAGGGAGAUUACACCAGCAGUGUCUGCAAGGUAUUAUGCCAGUAAUGUAUCAGAAAGAGUUCCCUUUGAAACAGCAGUUUUGGGAGCAGCAGUAUCAUCAAUGGAGGAGCUAUCAGAGUCACCAACUGCAUUUGCCUUUGUGGGUGAGGUUUCACCAGCAGUGUCUGCCAAUGAUGUAUCAGAAAGAGCUCCCUCUGAAACAGCAGUAGUGGGAGCAGAGGCACCAGAGAGACACACAUCUCCAAAAGUAUCUGCACAAACAUCAUUUGUGUCAGGUAUGAGUCACUUCUUAUCUAAAGGUGUACUUACUGUGUACAGUACAAGCCCAUGAUACUUUAUGAUAAUGAUAUAAAUGGAACAGUCCCCUACUUUAUUUAUGUUUGUUUUAUUGUGUCUCUCUCCACAGCUUAUUCUGAUGGAUUGCUGAAUGCUACAAAGUUGUCACCUCAAUCCAGCCUGGCCAGGAUUCCCUCUGGAUAUAUCAGUGAAGGUGUGUCACCAGCAGUGUCUGCAAGAUGUCCUGCUAGUGACUUACCAGAAAGAGCUUCCUCUGAAACAGCAGUAAUGGAGUCAGCGCCCAGAGUGAUCCACUCUGCACCAUCAAUGGAUGAGCUACUGGUUUUACCAACUGCUUCUGUUGAUGGGAUUUCACCAGCAGUGUCUGCAAGAUCUUCAAGAGGUAGUUUGUCAAAAAGAGCUCCCUCAGAAAAAGCAGUGGAGGGGGUAAGAUAUUCGGAAAGUGGUUUAUCAGGAAGAGCUUUCUCUGAAACAGAACUAGUUGAUGCGGCACAGAGCGUGUCCUUAGUCAGGAUACCCAGUAGAGAGGAGAGUGUGGAGAGAACAGCAGAGACACCAGAGAGACACACAUCUCCCAGAGUUUCUGCACAGACAUUUUCAGUGUCAGGUACAGUAGUCAUCCAACUCUGUGAUAUACUACUAAUAAGGUCCAUGUCACUAAUUCGGGUAAAAUGUUUAAGAAAAUGUCAGGGUAGCAUCACAACAUACUCAAAAAAAUAAUCGGAAUUUCCUCAACUCAUGCUGACGUUACUCCAACAGCUACAGGCUUGUCAUCUAAGUCCAGUUUGGCCAGAGCUCCCUCUGUGUCUCUGAGUGAUGGUCCAGCUGAGUCAGUCUCUUUGGAAGUAAUCUUUAAUAUGGAGGAGACUUAUACAACACCAUCUAUGGGGGAGAUUGUACCUCCAACUGCUGCUGGGGAUGGCAUUUCUGCCUCUAUUGGUGAAAGAGCAGCAGAAUCAGCUUCUAGAGGAGUGUCGUAUAUGGAUGAGACGAAUAAACCACCAUCAAUGGCAGAACUACCAGGGUCUCCAGCUGCUGUUGGAGGCAUUUCACCAGCAGUGUCUGCUAGAUGUUCACAAAGUGACAUGGCAGAAAAAGCUCCCUCUGAAACAGCAGUAGGCAGACACACAUCUUCCAGAGUACCUCCUAAAGUUUCUCCACAAACAUCCUUGAGCUCAGGUACAGUUUUCAAAUAUCUUGAAUGAAAUAUAAGGUUGUUAUGUUAGUAGUCGGGGUGAAAUUAAUUGUAAAACACCACAGCAUACUCAUAUAUUGUAAUCUGGUCUGUCUUUCCACAACCCAUGUUGAUGUUACUCCAACAGCUACAGGCUUGGCAUCUAUGAGUUUGGCCAGGGUUCCCUCUGUGUCUCUCAGUGUUGGUGCAAAAGAACCAGCUCAGAUAGACAAAACACUGUCAAUGGAGGAGCUACUGGCGUCUCCAUUGUAUUCUCAGUGGGCAAUGUCACCAGCCUGUUCUGAAAGAGUGUCCUCAGUCAGGAUACCCAGUAGAGAGGAGGGUGUGGGGAGAACAGCAGAGACACCAGGGAGACACACAUCUCCCAGAGUAUCUCCAAGAACUUCUCCAACAGUUUCUCUACAAACCUCUCUUGUAUCAGGUACAAUUGUCAUCCAUACGCUAAAGAAUGCUCUAAUAAUAAGCUACUAA